AAAAUAGUAAAGAAAUAAAUCCGGGGCUAAUCUUUAUAUGUUCAGAGAGAGCAAGGACGUAUUGAACAAUUCAGAAAAAAAUAAAAGGAAAGAAAGGAGGGAAUGCAAAAAAUGGAAAAAAUGUAUUUCGAGCUUCCUUCUUGCCCCACUUAAGAACCAGAGGCAAUACAAAAAGCGAAGAAGACAAACAGCGUUCGCUGGUGGUUAGGUCGUUAAACUCCAGCGGCGCCAUUAAAACGCUGCGUUUUAUUCGUCACCUUCGUUUUUCUUUUGUCUAAUUCUCUACUGUCCAUGUUAAUGUCUCUCUCCCUAAACCCUUAGUCUUCCUCUCUCUCUCUCCUUCGCCCUAAAUGGAUCCUUGUCCUUUCAUCCGCCUCACUAUCAACAACCUAGCUCUGAAAGCUCCUCAAGCGGCGAAGACGUCGAGCUCCGUCGUGCACCCCUCUCCAUCCACCUCUUUCUGCAAAAUCAAACUCAAAAACUUCCCGCCGCAGACCGCAGCCAUCCCCUACAUUCCCUUGGACGCCACGCAGUUCCCGGAGAUCCAAACCCUAGCCGCCACGUUCCACCUCAGCAGCUCCGACGUCGCCCGCUUAUCCUCCAGAUCCAUCUUCGGCUCCAAGCCGUGCCUCAAGAUCUUCAUCUACACGGGAAGAGCCGGAGGAGCGUGCGGCGUGAAUCCCGGCCGUCACGUGGCGGAAGUCUCCGUGCCGCUGGAUCUAGCCGGCGCGCAGGGGAAGCAGUGCGUGUUCCAUAACGGGUGGAUAUCGGUGGGGAAAGGGGCGGGGAAAGAGUCGUCGUUUCAUCUGAAUGUGAAGGCGGAGCCUGAUCCUAGGUUCGUGUUUCAGUUCGAGGGGGAGCCUGAGUGUAGUCCUCAGGUGGUUCAGAUUCAAGGGAGUAUCAGACAACCGGUUUUCACUUGCAAAUUUAGUUGUCGGAACACAAGCGAUCGUACGAUGAGAUCGAGAUCGUUGCCGCCGGAGACAAGCGUUCCACGGAGCUGGCUAAACUCGUUCGGGAGCGAGAGAGAACGUCCCGGGAAAGAGCGGAAAGGAUGGUCCAUAACGGUCCACGAUUUGUCAGGUUCUCCAGUGGCUAUGGCGUCUAUUGUUACCCCCUUCGUGGCAUCUCCUGGAAGUGACCGUGUCAGCCGGUCAAACCCCGGUUCUUGGCUCAUCCUCCGUCCCGGGGACGGCACGUGGAAGCCGUGGGGGAGACUAGAGGCGUGGAGGGAACGAGGUGGAGCCACCGACGGGCUCGGCUACAGGUUCGAGCUCAUCCCAGACGGAUCAAGCGGCGCGGGAAUCGUGCUCACGGAGUCGAGUAUUAGUUCCCACAGAGGUGGCAAGUUCUCGAUCGAGCUGGGGUCGUCGCCAACAGCGGGUAGCGUGAGCAGAACGAGAAGACGCAGCGGUGGAAGCAGCGGAGGUACGUCGCCGGCGAGUAGUCCGAGAGGAGGGAGCGGGGACUAUGGAUACGGGCUGUGGUUGGGGAGUGGGUAUAAAGGGUUUGUGAUGUCAGCGAGUGUGGAAGGUGAAGGGAAAUGUAGUAAGCCGUGUGUGGAGGUUAGUGUGCAGCACGUUAGCUGCAUGGAGGAUGCAGCUGCUUACGUGGCGCUUUCUGCAGCGAUUGAUCUGAGUAUGGAUGCUUGCAGGUUGUUUAAUCAACGGAUGAGGAAAGAGCUUUGCAGUGAGUCACUCGGCUGAAGAAAAAAAAGAAACAAGGUUGAAUUUUUGUUUUUUACGGUUCUGAAAUUUUAGUCACAAAAAAUGGCCUUGGGAGUAUUUUCUUUUUGAAAAAAAAUCUUCUAAAGGCGUUAACAAAAUAGGAUGUAUAUAGUGAGUUUCUUGUUUUGGAGUGUGAGGUUUCGUAUUGGCUUUUCACCUUUUUUAUUUUGGGUUUGGGAUCUUAUGAGUGAGAUGAAGAGUGAGUUUCUUUGUCACUCUUCUUUUGCCUUUGAUUUGGUUAUGUAACUGUAUAAAUUAGAUUAAAAUCAUUUUGGAAUUUCUGAAUGUAAAACAAACAUGAGAUUGUUGCUCC